CAAACCUGAGCUAGCUAGCGAGGGACCGUAGCCUCUCGCUGCGCUGGCUCACGCGCGCCACGAUAAUCUCAUUGGGCGUCCAGGCCGCCGCGCCGCGCCGUGGCGCCUUGUGCUUCUAUAUAGCUAGCCGUCGACCUGUCUCUUCUCGAUCGAGGUGAAUCAGGGAGAGAAUGAGAGAUUAGUAAAUCCGGCUAUCUACUAGGUAGCAAGCGGGGGCCUGCAGUGCAGGCUAGGCGGCGGCGGCGCGGCGACGAUGAGGAAGGAGGAGGAACUCGAGUCGCGGCUGCUAUCCGACGUCGAGCCGGCGCCGGCGGACUCGGAGGGCAGCGCGUACGCGGUCGUCUGCGCCCUCCUCGCCUCCCUCACCUCCAUCAUCUUCGGCUACAACCGCGGCGUGAUGAGCGGGGCGCAGAAGUUCGUGCAGGAGGACAUGGGCGUCACUGACGGGCAGCUGGAGGUGCUCAUCGGCGCCACCAACAUCUACUCCCUCGUCGGCUCCGUGGCGGCGGGGUGGACCUGCGACCGCGUGGGCCGGCGCCGCGCCGUCGCCCUCUCCGCGGCCAUGUUCCUGGCGGGCUCCGCCGUCACCGCGGCAGCCAACGGGUACGCCGCGCUCAUGGCGGGGCAGCUCGUCGCCGGCGUCGCCUGCGGGUUCGGACUCGUCGUCGCGCCCGUCUACAUCGCCGAGAUCGCGCCGGCGAGGUCGCGAGGGUUCCUCUCCUGCAUCCCAGAGAUCGCCAUCAACUCGGGCAUCCUUCUCAGCUACAUCGCCGACUUCGCGCUCGCCGACCUCCCCACCACGCUCAGCUGGCGCCUCAUGAUCGGCAUCGGCGCCGUCCCGCCGCUGUUCCUCGCGGCCGCCGCGGUGUUUGCCAUGCCGGAGACCCCGCGCUGGCUGGUCCUCCACGGCCGCACCGACGAGGCCCGGCGCGUGCUGGCGCGCAUCUCGGGGGAUGCCGACCGCCGGCUCCAGGAGAUCGUAGCCUCCGUCCGGGAGGCGUCGCCCAAGAGCGCCGGCGAGUCGCCGCCGGGCGUGUGGCGCGAGAUCCUGGUCCACCCCGCGCCGGCCGUGCGCCGCGUGAUGGUGGCCAUCCUCGGCCUGCAUGUGUUCCAGCAGGCGAGCGGCGUGGGGGCGAUGGUCCUGUACGCGCCGCGGGUGUUCAGCCACGCCGGCAUCACCUCCGACCGCGCGGUGCUCGGCGCCACGGUCCUCCUCGGCACCGUCAAGACGGUGGCCAUCGUGGUCCCGCUCUUCCUCGCCGACAGCCUCGGCCGCCGGCCGAUGCUGCUCGCCAGCGCGGGGGGCAUGGCCGCGUCGCUCCUGGUCCUCGGGAUCUCGGUGCGCGCGGUGGCCACGUGGUGGGCGGCGGCGGCGUGCGUGGCGGCGGCGUCGGCGUUCAUGGCGAUGUACUCGCUGGGGUUCGGGCCGGUGAUCUGGAUAUACGCGUCGGAGGUCCUGCCGCUGCGGCUGCGCGCGCAGGGCACCGGCAUCGGGACGGCGCUGAAUCGUGUGAUGAGCGCGUUGGUGGGCAUGACCUUCAUCUCCAUGUACGAGGCGGUCGGCAUGGCCGAGACCUUCUACAUCUUCGCGGCGCUCUCGGCGGCGGCGUGGGUGUUCGUCUACGCGUUCCUGCCGGAGACCAAAGGGAGGAGCCUCGAGGAGAUGGAGUCGCUCUUCGACACCGCCGUUGCCAACAAGCCCUCGCCACGGGCGACGCUCUCGUGAUCCGGACAGAGGCAGCGAUUAUGCGUCGUUGAACGCAAGGUUUUUAGGGGUUUGCUAGUACAAUUAUUAUUACUAGUAGUACAGUAUUUUGUUUCGUUGGUGUGUAAUUUUAUUUGCAAAUUUUGAUUUGAACGACGUACUGGUUCUUAAUUAGGAGUGUGCAUAUGCUCAGGGGCGGAGCCAGGAUUGAAACAUAGAGGAGGCCAAUUUACUAAUGCCGACAAUUAGAAAGAGCCACACCUUACUAAUGAGCAAUAUUAUCAUGAGCAAUAUUAUCAAUGAGAUUAAGA